AUGCCAGGGACAAUCCUGCCCCCGAGAUCCCACCGGCAACACGCUCAAAUGGACCGAACGGCGGCCUCAGGGCCGGAUCUCUACCUGAUUGCCGAUCAGGAUACUGUCUACGAACAGGAUCUGCUUCGCAAUCCCGGCAGUGUCAAGCCAUGGCUCGCCUACAUCGAAUAUAAACAACAACAUGGAACGCUCUACGAGCAGGCCUUUGUCAUGGAGCGUGCUUGUAGAGAGCUCCCGCGAUCAUACAAGCUUUGGAAGAUGUACCUCGAGUUCCGAACAAACCACCUACGAGGCCGCAACGCGACUGUUUACCGGGCCGAGUACCAGAAAGUCAAUGCGCUCUUCGAGCGUGCCCUCAUACUGCUCAACAAAAUGCCGCGGAUAUGGGAGUUGUAUCUUUCCUUCAUGCUUCAGCAGCCGCUCGUCACGCAGACUCGACGGACGUUCGAUCGUGCGCUGCGAGCUCUGCCCAUCACGCAACACAACCGCAUCUGGAAGCUCUAUAAGACCUUUGCGCGUUCCGCGUCGGGCCAGACGGCCGUGAAGAUUUGGGCUCGCUACAUGCAGAUUCACCCUGAGAAUGCCGAAGAGUAUAUUCAACUGCUUGUCGAAAUGGGCCAGUAUACGGAAGCUGUGAAGAAAUAUAUGGACAUUCUCGACAACCCCAGGUUCCAGUCCAAAGAGGGAAAGAGUAACUUCCAGCUGUGGACGGAGAUGGUCGACUUGUUGGUAUCGAAGGCGAAGAAGAUUGAGACGGGUCCUCAGGUCGGCAUUGAUGUUGACGCCAUCCUGCGCAGCGGUAUCGAUCGGUUUGCCGAUCAGAGAGGCAAGUUGUGGGCUGGAUUGGCAACGUACUGGAUCACCAGGGGCAACUUUGAGAAAGCACGGGAUGUUUUCGAGGAGGGCAUCACGACUGUCAUGACAGUUCGCGACUUUACCCUGGUCUUCGACGCUUACGCCGAAUUCGAGGAGUCCAUUAUCGGCAACUUGAUGGAAUCUGCGGCAGGCCGAACUGACAACGGACAAAGCGACGAGGAAGCCGACUUCGAUCUUGACUUGCGGAUGCUGCGAUUCGAGCAACUUAUGGAUCGACGACCGUUCCUGGUGAAUGAUGUGCUUCUCCGCCAGAACCCUAACAAUGUCAUCGAGUGGGAGAAGAGAGUGGCCCUCUGGGGUGACAACAAGCACGAGGUCGUGCAAACCUACACAGCCGCCAUCGCGGCCAUCAACCCCAAGAAGGCCCACGGCAAAUUCUCCGAGCUCUGGGUUAACUACGCCAAAUUCUACGAGAACGGUGGUGAUUUGGACACGGCACGGGUCAUCUUCGAGAAGGCCGUCAAGGUUCCUUUCAAGUCAGUUGCUGAACUUGCUGAAACAUGGUGUGAAUGGGCGGAAAUGGAACUUCGAAGCGAGAAUUUCGACAAGGCCGUGGAGAUCAUGGCCAAGGCCACGCAAGCCCCCAAGAAAUCGACUGUGGAUUACUUUGACGAGAACCUGUCGCCUCAGCAACGUGUGCACAAGAGCUGGAAGCUAUGGAGUUUCUAUGUUGACCUGGUUGAAAGUGUGUCGUCGAUCGAGGAGACCAAGAAGGUGUACGAAAGAAUCUUCGAACUGCGCAUUGCGACGCCUCAAACUGUUGUCAACUACGCCAACCUCCUGGAAGAGAACAAGUACUUCGAGGACUCCUUCAAGGUCUACGAACGCGGUCUGGAUCUUUUCAGUUACCCAGUUGCGUUCGAGCUGUGGAACCUGUACUUGACCAAGGCAGUUGACCGCAAGAUCGGCAUCGAACGACUACGAGACCUGUUCGAACAGGCCUUGGAUGGAUGCCCCCCCAAAUUUGCCAAGCCACUCUACUUGAUGUAUGGCAACCUGGAAGAGGAGCGCGGUCUGGCCCGACACGCCAUGAGAAUCUACGAGCGUGCUACUCGCGCCGUCUCCGACGAGGACCGGUUCGAGAUGUUCGAAUUCUACAUCACGAAGUCGGCGUCGAACUUCGGCUUGACCUCCACACGACCCAUCUACGAGCGGGCCAUUGCCGCCUUGCCGGACCAGGAAGCGAAAGAAAUGUGCCUCAAGUUCGCGGAGAUGGAGCGGAGACUGGGAGAAAUCGACCGGGCUCGUGCGAUUUACGGACAUGCGUCUCAAUUCUGCGAUCCCCGAACCAACGCGCCAUUCUGGCAGAAAUGGGAGGCCUUCGAAGUCCAGCACGGCAACGAGGACACCUUCAAGGAAAUGCUCCGUAUCAAGCGCAGCGUUCAAGCACAGUACAACACCGACGUCAACUUCAUCGCUUCGCAGGCCAUCGCCCGCAGUCAACAACGGGCCCAGGACGGCCAAGACAACGAGCAAGAUGGAGAUGCCGCGGCGGAACGCGCAGACGCAAUGGCGGCCUUGGAGCGACAGGCUCGUGCCCCCGUGGGCUUUGUCGCCGCCAGCACCGGCCCAGAAGGUGGCAAUCGGCCACCGCCAGCUGGCCAGGAGCAACCGCCCUCGGCUGCUCCAGUCAACCCGGAUGCUAUUGACCUCGAUGACGACAUGGAUGCCGACUAG